AUGUCUGGGAGGUUGCUGAAGAAGGUUCUCCAGGAACAUGAAGACUCAAAGCUACGGAAUCAUCCCGACGAAGAAUUGGAAAUUGAAGAAGAAGACGACGACGAGCAUCUUGGUGAUUCUGUAGGAGGACGUUCUUCCAUCAAUCCUUUUGAUCUCUUGAACGAUGGCGAUGAAGAUCCUGACUCCGAAAAGGAGACAGAGAUUGACGAUGAGAGUGUAGUCGAGAAGAAGGAUGAAGAUUUGCAUUCUGCGUCAAAGAGCAAGUCGAAGAAAAAGAAGAAGAAGAAGAACAAAGAGACUCGUUCUAAUGUUGCAAAAGCUGAAAUCGAUUUGGAUGAGACUUUAGAAGCACUUUCUCUCGAUGAUGCGAAGUCUAAGCAAGGAAAGACUCAGGGAACGAAAGCACUUGGUGAGUCUUCGAGAAAGGCUCCUUCACGAUCAGUGUUGGAGAUUGAUCCCAAGUAUCUAAACCUUGAAAACGAAUUGAAGAGAAUGUAUGGCUCAAAGGUGGUUAGAUCACUCGAGAGUAGCAGUGGACCUGGUGGUAGCUCUAGACAGGUACGAUUAGGAGGAAGACGUGGAGGAGUCCAUCACAUCACAAAGACGGUUCUGAUAUCUCCAAUGGAGAAUUGGGCUCGCUGGGAUCGCUCUUUCUCAAUGGAGUUUCUUGAGACUAAAGAUGGAUGCAACUACUUUAGAUACACUCACUCAUCCUCAUAUGAGCAGGCUCAGAGGGCAUUUCAAGCUGCACAAGCUACUCAUGAUCUAAACGGUGUAGCAAGUGUCCUUAGAAACAAUCCUUACCAUAUUGAUUCACUUAUAACUAUGGCGGACUACUUCAAGUUCACCGGUGAGCAUGAAAUGGCUGCAGACGCCGUCGGGAAAUGUCUGUACGGUUUGGAGCGUGCGUGGCACCCAAUGUUCACUCCGUUCCAAGGUAACUGCCGGUUGAAGUUUUCUCACGAGACGAACAAACCGUUCUUCACGACGCUCUUCGCUCACAUGAGGAACAUGGAUAGGCGUGGCUGUCACAGAUCGGCGUUGGAAGUCUGCAAGCUCUUGCUUUCGUUGGACACUGACAAUCCAGUUGGUGCGUUGUUCUGUGUGGACUAUUUUGCUCUGAGAGCUGAGGAGUAUGCGUGGUUGGAGGAGUUCGCGGAGGAGUAUCAAAGCGACAACUCCUUAUGGCUCUUCCCGAAUUUCUCCUACUCGCUCGCUAUAGCCAGAGUUUACCUCGAGAAGAUGGAGUCUGAGUCUGCUCAUGUGGAUACUUCAAAGUCAAGCUCUUUAGAUCUGAUGAUGCAAGCUUUGAAGCUUCAUCCGACUGUACUGAAGAAGCUAGUGGACAAGGUGCCUUUGAAAGAUCAGGUGUGGACGAAGAUACUGAAGCAUUCUUACUUCCGAUCAGAGGAAUCGAAGAACCCUUCCUUGGAUCAUCUUGUCAAGAUUUAUGUGGAGAGGAAUUACCUUAUAUGGAGGCUUCCUGAUGUUCAGAAGCUGCUUCGGAGUGCUGCUGAUUUAGUCGUUAAGUCACUGGAAGAGAACAAAACCGAAGCAGAGGACUUCUUUCGUGCAAGGGAAGAAGCUUUCCCUGCUAAGAACAACGAGUACUCUCAUUUGUCAACACAUGACUUCUCUGAUUCGAUGCCGACUCUCCCACCAGACAAUUUGCAGAACUUUGUGGCGGCUGAUCAGAGAAUGGGAGGAGGAGGAGAGCAAGUGGCAGCAGGAGGCGGUGGUCACCACCAAGCACCGCCGCCACGUGAUUUGGCGAAUCGGAGUGCACUGGCCGUGUUGUUCGAGUCAAUGCUUCCAUGGGCUCGAUACGGAGAUGGAGGUGGAGAUGGUGAGAUUGAGCAUGAUGCUCAUCACCAACCAGAUAACAAUGGCUAA